GAUGCAAUACAUUAAUCAAAAUUGACGGUACAGAUAUUUCUGUCACAAAAGAUUUCUAUUUCAAAAGAUAUUUUGAACUUCCUGUUAAUCAAAGAAUCCUGAAAAAACAUUAUCAUUGUUUCCGCAGAAUAUUGCUGUUUUUACUGUAUUUUUAUAAAAUAGAUGCAGCCUGGGUGAGGAUAAGAGUCUUAUGUUAAAAUGUUGAAAUAUCUUCUUAUUUAGGACUAAAAUAACCACAACAUGACCACACCAGUCCACUUUAAGGUUUAAAUCGACUGGUUUGUUCUUUUGCCUGGUUAUUUUUUUCUUCAUCCUCUGCUUAACUGUAGCGGUUACAUGGCCAAACCAGUUCUGGUCACUAUAUGUCCACUCAUGCACCAGCUGGUUAAUCAUUCACUGAUUUAAUUGAUAUGUCCACAAGGGUCUUUCUCUCCCCCUUUCUCACGCGCACACACUUUCAGGACACAUGCACUUGUACAGAGAGAAAGAUUGUGACAUCUCAGUAAACUGAGCUGAACGUGUGGCAUAGUCUGACCAUCAUGGACCUGCUGCAUCUGUGUGCUGCAUUUGUGCUUUAUCUUAGGACCUGGGUAUCUGGUAUCAUCAUUACUAAAGAUGCACACGUGACGUGUCUGUUCUAUGAAGACUGCGUGCUGCCCUGCAGUUUCAAGCCUACAGGGGCCGUGGUCAUCCACUGGUACAAACAGCAGAUCCCCGUUCACAGCUACUACUACAAUAAAGACCAGUACGGCCUCCAGAACAAGCAUUUCAGCAGCCGGACCAACCUGUUUAAUUCCCAGAUCGCACAGGGAAAUGCCUCUCUGGUGCUGAGGAAAGUUAAAGUCCAGGAUCAAGGGAGGUACAAGUGCUACACCAGCACCAAGAAGGGAAACCAGGAAACCUUUGUUAACCUGGGGGUCAAAGCUCUGAUCCAGUUUGUGAAGCUUGAGAUGGUUGAGAAUCGGGUCAUCUGUCUGUCCCAGAACAUCUAUCCAGCUCCCGAUGUCACGUGGGCCACUGAUCCCCCCACGGACACCAGAAGCCUCCAGAACUUCACUCGUAAAACAUCAGACUCAAAAGGCCUGUUCACCAUCGAGAGCGGUAUCAGUGUGAUAGGCAACAUCUCUGAUCAUACUUACUUCUGCUCUGUUGUGUCCGCGGAUGAAGUGCAGGUGUGGACUGCAUCACUGCAUCACCAAGAUAAGUUAUUUGGUGAGGAGGGCUCUGGACUCCUGGUUCCCUGCAAGGUGACACAACCUCGCCACAAUUUUACCCUCACUUGGACCUUCAUCAGAACCACAGAAACCAUCGUUAUCUUCAGUUACGACAGCCGGACCCGGCGGAUCGCGAACCUGUGGGAGAAUAAAGCUGAACUCGACAUAGAUCAGGCUCACUCAGGCAACGGUUCCCUUCAUCUAUUAAACCCAGACAGAUUAGGACACAGCGGGGCCUAUAUUUGCACAUUCUAUGGCUUCCAGAUGAGACAUCAAGUCCAAACUCACGUUAAUAUUACAGUUCGUGUGACUGAUGAUGAUGAGCAUGACUGCAGGAGGUCGUGGUGGGGAACUGCUGCGUCUGUCUUCAUAUUUCUGAUCACUGUGUCUGUAGCCAUGUCGCGAUGUUUUAGAUUGAGAGGUGAACAUCCAGUAAACAGCCAUUCAGACAUCAAUAAACGAAUCCGAUGUAGCAACAAAACCGAAAUCCCGCUAUUUGAGAGACUAGGACAAGAUGAGCCCAGGCGCAACAGUUUGGAAUCAGUCCAGACAGACAUUCACAGAGUGCUGUCCAACACAGCAUCUUUUGAAACAUCCAAACUGCUCAAAGAACAUCCGGACGGCUUUAAGAAUGACGUCCUACCACAUACACCAAAAGAGAACAGUAUGAUAUAUACAUGCAUGAUUAUUAGUGAUUCCUCUACACCUGAUACACCAGUGGAAAGACAUGAUUCCAGGCCACAAACACCAACCGGCGCUAUCAUAACUCUGUUCACCUCUGAGAUGAAUACACAGGUUUCUGAUGACAAAGAAAAUGAGAGAAAUGAACUUGAAUCUGAAUCACACACAGCAGAUGGAGUAGAGAUGGAGUGUACAGUGAUUCAGAGAUUUUACAACAUAUGUGAACCUGCCACACCUGAGCUCUCACAGAUCAAUGGCUUCAGGUGAUUGAUAUUAAUUCCAUAAAUUGAAAUGGUGCCGACUUGUUAUAAUAACUGGAUUUUAAAGCUCACUCUUGAAAUACAUGACAUAUGGUAGAUUAAAAAAUUGUUAAACUCAUUAAAGGGAUAUGCAACUAUACACCUUAACCCUCAAGAUCCCUCAAAAACUCAGUAAAUAAAAUAAUUUUAAUACGAAAAAGCUUAUAUUAUUAUAUGUCUUGUGCAUUAUAUAGUUAUAUAGUGCAUUAUAUAGUAUAUAGUCAUAUGUCUUGAAUUUACACAAUCCUCACAGACCUCGGUUAUUAAGUUAGAUUAAGCCUAUACAAUUAACCAUUUCUUUUCUUUUAUAUUAUUUGUGGUUUAUUUAUCUCAAUUUAGAAAGUGGCAGUGUGAACAGAUUAUAUGAUUUACGUGAACUAUAUAAAUAAACGUUUGAAUGUGAAAUGUACCGCUCCAUAACCAGCAGGUGGCGAUAUUUCUGUUUAUGUAAAUAUUUAAAUAUGUUUUAAAUCUGCUUAGUUUAUCUUUGCAUAUCUCUCUGUUAAAAGCGUGAUUCUUGUCUGUCAGUAAAUUAUAGGUCAAGUGUUUGCAUAAUAUUUAAAAAAAGAAGACUAAACUUUGUUUUUAAAUGUAUUAAAAUGCUAUAUUACUUAUGGCCUUAAACUAGCUUACUGUCACGUAGUUGGAUAAUGUAGCCUACAAAUUGUGCAAUGACUGUUUUAAAUCUCUUAGGAUCUUUUUUUUUUUUUUGAGAAUGGGCUGAUCCUUUUUUCCUGUUUACAAAGCAUAUUUCCAUCCCUCGUGGACAUUUAUAAAAUAGCACAGAAAUGUGUCUUUCCUGUUUAUCCAGCUGUGUGUCAAAUGUAGUGUAAGCUAUGUAACUGUAUCAUAAAUUAACAAGGAACCAGAUAUGAUUAAAGCCUGAGUGGACUUCAAA